GUGCGUGCGUGCCAGUCAAACGCGCCGUCUUGCAAGAAUGAUUGUGUACCGUUGCCUGGCGCCCGUUGAUUGGUUGCCAAGGCUCGCUUGAUCAAUCAUGGAUGUUAGUUAUGUUCAUGCUAAAAUAGACAAAUCGAACGGAGAGAAUGAAAAAACGAGAAAUUUGCAUGUCCAAAUUUUGGUAUAAUUCGACACCAAAAUAUACAUGCUGGAUAAUUCGAUCAAAGUAUUUUUAUUGCGUGUUCUCGUUUGUCUCACAAUAAGUGUGUUAAAUAAAGGAGUUUGUAUGCGUGUUUAUCGACAUAAAAUUACAUCGGAAAAAGAAACCCUACACACACAUAUAUAUAUAUAUAUAUAUAUAAAUAAACAUUUUUACCAUCUGCUGCUACAUAUCACGUUAUCGCGGGAGUCGUCUUUCACUGUUUUAUCAACAAAGAAUUCAUACUCAAUGUAAUUCGCAAUAUCUUCGCGAACGGCGCUCGUUUGCAAGUUCCACUUAUUAUUUGCAAUCGCGCCAGCGUCUUCGAAUUAUUAGUGUAUCCUUUAUUUGAGUGGUUAUGCGGGUAUCUUUGUUAUCGUUACGUUACUUCGACUGCUCUGUCUCUUCUAUUGUAAAUCUGUCUUUGUUUUCAAAAUCGUUUGACGUGCCCCUUUAACCGCAAUAACGUCAUACUGAGCGAGAGUUAUUGUUAUUUCGCUUGAUUUUUCGCACUCAUUAGCAGACGCAGGUUGAUUAAAAAUGUCUGCGGACUACAAGGACAGAUAUGUAUUUGAAGCUGAAUGGUAUGACAAAGUUGCCAGCUUAUUGAAGAAAUUUUAUUUGUACUAUUUCCCGUCAGACAAUACUGUUGAAUUGUUUGACUUAAGGACAAGGAAAACUUUCCUAAAAAGAACAAGAUGUGAAGGUAUCAAAGCCGAUGAUAUUCAUGUGGGUGCUAUAGUGACAAUAUUUUCAAGGAAUAUGAAAAUUACAGGCUACGCGGAUACUUAUACCAAGAACAAAUUACAGACAAAUAUGGAAAAAGUUUUUGUUCUUCUAAAGCCAGAUGUUAUCGACAAAAUGGGUGAAAUAUUGAAGAUGAUUAUAGAUCAUAAUUUCCAAAUUGUAAAUAUGAAAAUGAUGAAAUUAACUCCAGAUGAAGUUACAGAAUAUUAUCCUAUGAAAGAUACAGUUGACAAAAUAUGUAUUAUAAAUUAUCUCACUUCUGGCCCUGUCGUUGCUUUGGAACUGUUAGGAAAACAUGGUAUAGCCAGCUGGCAAGAAUUGGCAGGACCUGAUGAUAGCAAGCAAGCUUGUUCAACUGCAAAGCCUUCACUAAAAGUUUGUUACGGGAAGGACGAGAUACAUAACGCUGUGUAUGGAUCCGAGAAUGUUGAGAGAGCAACUCGAGAAUUGCAAUAUUUCUUUCCCGACCCGAAAAGCAAGACUAAAGGACCAAAGAAUACCGCAACUCUACAAAAUUGCACCUGCUGUAUUAUUAAGCCACAUGCGGUACAAGCGAAGCUUGCUGGUGCUAUUAUCGACGACAUUCAAAAAGCAGGCUACACAAUUACCGCAGUGCAACAGUUUUACGUGAAUCACAUUAAUGCAGAGGAAUUUCUAGAGAUUUAUAAAGGCGUCCUUCCCGAGUACAAUGCAAUGGUAACUGAAUUACAUUCUGGUCCGUGUAUCGCUAUGGAAGUGAGUCGUAAAGACGAAGGUCAGAACGUAAUUGCCGAUUUCAGGAAUUUAUGCGGCCCAAGGGAUCCGGAUAUUGCGCGACAAAUCAGACCAGGUACACUUAGAGCCAAGUACGGAAAAACGAAGGCACAAAACGCCGUGCACUGUUCCGACCUGCCUGAGGACGGCGUAUUGGAAGUGGAAUAUUUCUUCAAGAUACUUGACGGAAUCUGAAUGACUGUGAAUUGCAGCGUGAGUGUGUGUGUAUGUGUGUAUUGCGACAUAACAUGUAUCGCGCUGUUGCGUUCAGAAUAUUUUUAUACUUUUGUACGUAUAAAUAAACAUUUUUUUGAUAAACAAAAUGCCAACUCCUGAGGCUCCAGUAAUCUUUGAAUAAAAAUACCGAUACUUUCGAUAUUUAUUUUAAUCGGUCACGAUUUCAACGACUGGCGAACGGAUCUCCUUUAGCGACUUUUACAAUUUUUAUGGGAGGAAAAUUUAUAAUUGAAUUGUUUUGAUCGUUAAUCGGCCGAACGGGCAUUUUCGUAGCACAUGUUUGAAACCGCAUGUCUAAUGGUUCACACAGGUGUACUUUCUAUCAUUCGAUAUAUACGACGCGUUUUUUCAGCACGAUGUCGCCUGACAUCGGCAAGAUCGACGGGCGGACACUUUCAUUCUCGUCGUUACUUGGACGAGCCUACACGUGUGUGUUUUCCCGCUUAAUUAAUAUCCUCCCCAACGCGUCGACGUAAUAUUUCAAUAACCGAUAACCCAACACGCCGUCCCACUUGGACAGGCUAUUGCAUCGUCUUUUUUAUCGGGAAAAAUGCAAAGGUCAUUGAGUUGCUUUGAAUUGCCAAGUAUCCGCACCUGCGAAACUUCUGUAAUCUUUCCGACGGAGCGUCGACAUUCGUCGGACUUGCAGCGUGUAAAUUACCGCGGCAAAUCGAAUAUUCAAGUGUGAGGAUAAAAGCCGAUAAUAACCGUUCUUCGUCGUACAUUAUAAUUCCCUCGAGGGCGCGCCUCGCACGCGUAAAUACUGGCAAGUGCGAUCGAAAGCGGAUAGCGUGAUUGUCUUUUUGGUUGAGUAUUCUCCUUAUAUUUCACUCUUCUGGUGUACGAUUACGCGUGGCGAUUGUACAGUUGUCCCAGGUGUGUGUUCGUGCCUUCGUCCGCUGGAGUUUGCAUUUCGCUCUCGGAUAUGUCCAGCGCGGGCGAGGGUUUCCGGAGAAAGGGGGAACCUCUGAAGUAACUCGGAGCUAGUUU